GAAACCCUAGUGUGGCGAGGUCGGGAAUCGUUAUGAAUUCUAUUCCUCUGCAAGUAAUGUUUGGUUUAUUUGUUCCUAACGAAAUAGUUCUCGAAAUCCUUAAAAAAGUGCUUGAGAAGGGAAA